UUUCAAUUUGCAGUCAUCAUUCUACACACUACAACGAGUCCCACUAAACGUGAGAGAAAACAGUACUUGAAUUAAAGCAGCCAACUUCCAUGCCGUUCAAUUUUUCAUAAAUCAACAAAUGGCAGAGGAAUCGUUGUUACUAAAUUUUGUUACUGAUGAGCCCGGCUCAUCGACCGGUCCUGUAAGGUCUGGUGGGCGAUGGAAGGAUCGUUUAAAAGACAAAAAGAAUCAAAAAAGGAAGGCUGCUUCCUCUAUGCCGACAACGGACCGUUCUCUUGCUGAAAGAAAACCAAUAAAAUCACAGAGGAAAGAAAAUAUACCGUCCAUGCAUGAGUCGAAACGGAGAAAGUCAAUUCCCGGUUCAGUGUCCAAUUCACCUUCUGCGACGAACCCAAUGAAGCAUGACAACACUUUUGUUUCUUCUCUAUUUACGGGAGAUUCUAAAGAACAUCUAUCUAAGGCCCCUCGUGAUGCAGGUGACGAAAACCAAGGCAUGUUCGAUACACGAAAUCAAGAAGCGCCGUCUAACGCUCCUGUAUCAACUACUACCUUUGCUGGUGUUCAGUUGGAUUCUCAAUUGGCUAGUCACCUCGCAGAGAAGAUGAACAUAACUGCACCUACCAACAUUCAAAAUUCUUGUUUACCUGCCUUAUUAAACGGUAAUGACAGAGACGCGUUUAUUGAAGCCGAAACCGGUUCUGGUAAAACGUUGGCUUAUUUAUUGCCUAUUAUCCAAAGGUUAAUUCGACUUCCAUAUGAAAAACGUUCACGAACAAGCGGUUUAUUUGCUGUAAUCGUUGCGCCAACACGUGAGCUUUGUCAGCAGAUAUAUACUGUUGCAAAUAAUCUUACCAAUAACCGCUUGGCUCAUUGGAUUGUUUCUUGCAAUGUGAUCGGUGGUGAAAAGAAAAAGAGUGAAAAGUCUAGAAUCCGUAAAGGAGUAAAUAUUUUAAUUGGUACCCCAGGAAGACUUGCCGACCAUAUAGAGAAUACAGAAGCACUGGAUCUUAGUCAAGUGAGGUGGGUUGUGUUAGACGAGGGAGAUCGUUUAAUGGACAUGGGUUUUGAAGAAACAAUUACGAAAAUUUUGAAGUAUUUGGACUCUCAAAAUUCGCCUUAUCCGUUGGGAGAUAGCAUGCCGUCUCGGAAAGUCAAUGUAUUAUGUUCUGCUACAAUUAAGGACACGGUUGAACAAUUGAGUCAGUCUGCUUUAAAAGACGCAAUGUAUCUCAGGUCUUCAUCUUCGUCUGCCGAAGACAAUGAAGAUGAGAAAAAACACAAGUCUUCUGCUCCUGCCCAAUUGCUGCAAAGGUAUUGUGUGAUUCCUCCGAAGUUAAGACUAGUAAGUUUGGCUUCUAUUCUACGAUCAAACUUAAAAGGCAAUCAGAGGAUUAUCGUCUUUUUGUCAUGUGCAGACAGCGUAAACUUCCAUUUUGAGGCUUUCCGCCGUGUACAGGCCAAAUCAGAGAAUGAGUUGGAGGUCAAAGAAGACGAUGCGAAUAAGAUAUCAACUUCCAGUGAACAAGCGGUGGACACUGCGCAUCGUCUGAAUAACAAUGCAAAAGUUUAUAGACUUCAUGGAUCUCUUUCACAACAGACUCGUACUGCGACAUUGUCUCAGUUUUCUUCAGAAAAGAACAAUUUCCCUCGCAUUUUACUCUGUACGGAUGUUGCUGCUCGUGGUUUGGAUUUACCCAAUAUUGAUUUAGUUGUGCAAUAUGACGCUCCGUUCAGUACAGAUGAUUAUUUGCACAGAAUUGGCCGGACGGCUAGAGCUGGUCACAGUGGUGCUGCUUUUAUGUUUUUAUUACCAAAGGAGGUUGAAUACAUCAAUCUGUUACGAGCCAACGUCAAGGUGAAUAUUUCUGAGCAACCAAACGGGCCAUCGUCAAUUUUAAGCAGCGGAUUUUCUGUUCAAGGAUCUCGUGCUAAAAAUGAGUUAGAAUGGCAAGACCAGGCAACUGAAUGGCAGCUCGAGCUUGAACGAAUGAUCCUAGAGGAUUCCGAACUGAAGGAGAUUGCGAAGAAAGCAUUUUCUUCUUAUGUUCGUGCUUAUGCAACACAUUUAUCCUCAGAAAGAUCAAUUUUUAAUAUGCGUGAUCUUCAUUUAGGCCAUAUUGCCAAGUCUUUUGCAUUACGUGAAGCUCCUGGUAAAAUGUCGAAUAACAGCAACAGCAAACAGAAAGGCGGCACUAGCAGUGCACGCCCAAAAAAGAUAAAGGAUAAUUCUCCGGCUGCAAUAUCUGCUAGGAUGCAGCAAAAGGCAAUGGAGCAUUAUUCCAUUGAGCAUAACAUUGGUUAAUUUGGUAAAUUUUGGUAAUGGUGAUUAUUUUGGCAAAAUGGUUCAUAUCUAAAGGGUUAUUUAUGGUUUCAAUAAUAGAUACGGGUUAUACUUUUACGAAAACCUCAUUUACAUUUACUAUAGAAUAAAAAGGCUUUCUAUCAUAUUUUCUUCCUAUUUCUUUCAGUUUAGCCUAAUUUUUUAAUUUCUAUGUAUAAACAGUAUGUUAUAUUAAAU